GAAGCGUCAUGUCGACAGCGCAGGAGAUCCAUUUCCCGCUCAGUAACUGCUUCAUACACGAGGUCAUCGGCAGCAAGCCGUACUGGAAUCCCCCCAGCCCCAUGGAAACCAUAUAUUUUGGAGACAGUUCCUCAGUGACGUGUGGCCUGGGAGCCGAGCCCCAUCAUCAGCCGUACAUCGCACCUCUGGCACAGCACGGACAGGAAGCUGAGGACUGGGACCUAAGCGAGAGUUGCUGCCUGAGAACGUCAGUGAUAAAGCCGCCGUCGCGGCUGAUAAUGCCUUCAUCACCGAUCUUGGGCUCAACACCGGUCUUGCCCCCGCUCCGCGCGCUGUCCCUGACUGGCUGCCCCCUGUCUCCCCCCCUCACCCCGGUCGAGCGGGGCUCCCGGCCACUGCCCCCCCUACCCUGGCCCGGCUACGAGUCCUCUGACGAGGUGGACAGUGAGGUGGAAUCAAUCACCAGCUCCGAGACCCAGAACCUGUUGGAGUUCCGACCCGUAUCUGCCGGCCAGAGGAGCCUCCGAGGCGCCGGCAAAACCAACCACGCCUACUCUGAGUGUGGUGUGGGGGUCCGGGGGCAGUACAGCCCCCCUAUUCCGGAGCAGGGCGAGACGGAGCACAGAGCCGGGGGCGAGCGGCAGAGACGGAACCGGCGGCUACAGCGAUCGCAUUCGGGUCCGGCUGGAGCCUUCCACAAGCCGGUGCCGGUGAAUGUGUCCGGGCGACGCUGUUCGCCAGGCAGGGGCGAGGGGAAGCCGGAGGUGCCUCCCCGUGUACCAAUCCCCCCGCGGCUGGUCAAAUCGGACCACCGGCGUUGGUCGGCCGAGGUGACCGGCUCCUACAGUGAGGAGGAGCGGCCCCCCAAGGUUCCGCCGCGGGAGCCAGUGCCAAGUGCCAACUCCCGGACCCCCAGCCCCAAGACCCUUCCUGCCUACCUGAAUGGGGUCAUGCCCCCCACUCGCAGCUUCGCCCCCGACCCCAAGUACGUCAGCAGGAAAGUGCUGCAGCGACAGAACAGCGAUGGGCACCCGGUGGUCCCCCACGUGCCCUGUAUCCUCCCCAUCAUCGAGGCGGGACGGCGAGUCAGCAACACACACUACUACCUGCUGCCCGAGCAGCCGUCCUACCUGCACCGCUUCCACAGGUUCUUCGUCGCCGACGACCCUAUUGCAGACGGAGCCUUCGCUGCCGCACUCGAGCUGGACAGCUGUGCCGCGGAGAGCAGCAAGGCAGCGCCGAGUGGCGGGACUGAGGCCACCGGACUUUGCUCCCUCGCCCGCGCCGCCUUUCCCUAGCCCCACCACCAUAGGCAGCAGAAGGCGGUUUCUCUGGCGAGAUCGGUUUUCUCCAGAGUCCGGCGGAUCGGUCAGCGUCACCGGCUGUUCCAAUGAUUGCACUUUACCGGGAGGCGGAGUGAAGACAGAGACGAUGGACCAUUUGGAAGGGGGAUGGAGAGGCCCCUAGGACAUGUUGUGGCUCCUCCAGCGACCCCCAUCCUUUCUCCAGUGGUGUGUGUCAUGGGGAUCACUUGCAGCUCGGAUGGGGGUCGACGUCAACAUAACAUCACUCAGAUGACAUUUUAUGACAAACGUUGAUUCCUUCGAUGUUGGACUUGAGCCUCUUGUUGGGAGGAAGCAAUUUGUUUUGUUAUUUUUAUUAUUAGAAUUAUUAUUAUUAUCAGACUUUGUAUAAACCAGUGAGUUUGUGUGUAUUUAGUUCGGACCAGCUCAGGGAAGCUCAAUGAAGGCCAGCUCUUGCUAUUUGGUCCACAAAAUAUACAGUCACUACACUUUACGGUAUAUUAUGUGAAGCGCUUUGAGAUGUCAAAUGCAAGGAUUAUUAUUAUUAUUAUUGUUAUUUCUGUUUGUCCCUGUUCGGAGGAGUAAUUUGUAAACCAGUGAACGUCAGUGAGGUGGGGAUGGUGGGGGGGGGGCAGUGUAAUUCACUGCCUCUUUCUGUCCCCCUGUAACUGUCACACUUGCGUGUCCCAGGAGGGGGAGAAAUCAGCCAGAAUUCCUGCUUCAGUUCUUCUCCCCACCCCCACCCCCGAAGGUGAGGGAGGUUGGAGCUUGUGACGAGGGUUGUGGUCAGUCACAGGCCCCCUAUUCCACACCCAGUGUGUGCAAUGUUACUGGAAAAUCUGUAAUUAUAUUAUUUAAACUUCA